AUGUCCGACGAUCUUAUUUGGAACGUUAUCAACAAACAGUUCUGCUCGUUUCAAAUCCGUCCUCAUCAAUCACAGAACAAUCAAAAUUUUUGCCGUAAUGAAUAUAAUGUGACGGGUCUAUGCGACCGUAGAUCAUGCCCGUUGGCAAACGCACAGUAUGCGACAGUGAAACAGGUUGACGGCAAGCUCUAUCUCUAUAUGAAAACAGUGGAACGUGCGCACACGCCAAGAAACUUAUGGCAACGGAUACGUCUCUCGAAGGAGUACGCCAAAGCAUUGCGUCAAAUCGAUGAACAUUUGAUGUACUGGACAGAGUUCAACAUCAACAAGUGCAAACAGCGGUUUACAAGACUCAAGCAAGUGCAGAUAACAGAACGUAGAAUGGCAUUGAGAGAGGAGAGAGGCGAGGUCAGCGAGAGAAACUACGUUGGGGUGAAACACAAGGUGAAGAAGAGAGAAGAAAAGAGAGAGCGUAAGGCUUUGGCCGCCGCCAGAAUCGAGAAGGCUAUUGAAAAGGAGCUUUUGGAUAGGUUGAAGAGUGGGGCCUACGGCGACAAGCCAUUGAAUGUCGAUGACAAGAUCUGGAAAAAGGUGUUGGGUAAGAUCGAAAACAGAGAUACCGAGGAAGAGCUAGAAAACGAAGAAGACUACGACAGUGACGAGGACGAUGUCCAGCUCGAAAGCGAGGACGAGGACGAGGACGAAGGUCAAAUCGAGUACGUAGAGGACGAUGAGAAUGACGACGAGGAGAUGGUGGAUAUGGAGGAUUUAGAGAAGUGGUUGGGACACGACAGUGACGCAAGUGAGAGCGACGAAGACGACGACGAAGACGACGACGAAGACGACGACGAAGCCAAGGAUACAGCUACCGGAACGAAGAGCACGCAACCGAAGAGAAAGAAGAUAAAGACAAAGAGAGCAAGAAUCGAGGUUGAGUACGAAGAGGAGCCAUUGACCAACAUCGCUACAAGCUGA